UUAUAGAAUCAAGAUAGGAUUACUUUUUCCCAUCAAAUUAUAAAUUGAAGAUUUCAAACAAGGAAUUAUUGGCUGAUGUUAUGAUUAUACUAAUAAAAUUAGCUCACCUUGUACUUUUAAAUAUUUAGUGAAGUUUUAAGUAGAGUGCUUAUUUAUUGAAGAGAGAUACGAGUAAAUUAGUAAACAUUACUGUUUUUUUUUCUUCAGUUUUAUCAUUUCUUAAGGGGCGUAGGGCGUGCAAAAAGGAAACAUGAAUACUAAAAUGCAAAGGUGGUAGUAUUUAUUUUUCACUUUCGAGUUUUAAAAAUUGUUUAAUUUUGGGUUUGCCAAUACUUAUUCACACUGCUCCAUCCGACAAAACAUCCAACGAGUCAAAAUAAAUGGGGUCUUCUGAAGGUUUAAGAGCUACACUAAUGGUGUAUAGAAAUCUACUAAAAGCAGUGGAAAAGCAUAUAGGGAAGGAAGAACACAGGGUUCAUUUCACUGACUUCAUCAGGGAAGAGUUCAGGAAGAAGAGAAGUCCAAACGACCCUUCUUUUGUCCAGCAAAAAGUUAAGCUUGCUCAAAAUUAUACUUACCUUCUCAACAGUGUCCACCAUCAUAAGGACUUAUUAUUUUCUUACAACAUUGCAGUGGAUAGAACCAAUGAGAUGACGAAAGUGCUGGGUAAAUCUGCUGCAAGUGUGGGUCUCCGCCUUCCUGAAGUUUAUCAGUCUUGAAAAUUACACUGGUAUCACGUCGAAGGUGGUUACAGAUAAUUCUAAGAGGCUGGAAACUGAAAUUGUCCCGAUGAGUGAAUAGACAAAAGCAUUGACUUGGAAGAACCUUCUUCCCAUAUGGGGCUGAAAAACUUCCCAAAAGCAAAUGAAUUGUUUGGUUUCGUUGGGAAUUCUGAUGUGACAGUGUUAAAUAUUGUCUUAAACUGUAGUCUGGGGAAAAAUAAACUUGUCCUAAUGCUCUGAGUAGCUUAUUUUGUUCCAAAUGCACACGACUCGACAAACUUCCUUUAA